GAAUUAUCGAUCAGCCCUCUGACGUAGUUAAACAAUUGGUCGUGAGCGCGUAAUCGUUUCGAUUCACUGGCAAAAGCGCGCCGCUGUCAGUAAUAAGACAGCCACAGUGUGGUCUGUCAAUAAUGCUGUCACGUCAAACGCGAUCGACGAGAGUCAGAGUGAAGUUCGCGACGAUGCAUCUUAAACACACCAUCGAGGAAACGAGAUUCCUGUGAGAAGCCUUCGCAUGGACAAAUGGCUCCAAGAUAGAAAGCUCUGGCUUUUCGGUAGCACGCUACCCUUGCUACCACGCAGGUCACGUGCGCCGAGCAAGGCGAUGGAACGAUACGAACGGCUGGCGCGUCUUGGGGAGGGUAGCUACGGUGUCGUCUUCCAGUGCAGGGAUCGUCAAACUGGAAAAUUGGUAGCCGUGAAAAAGUUCCAACAGACAGAAGAUGACCCCCUCAUACGGAAGAUCGCGCUACGCGAAAUACGCCUCCUUAAGAAUCUCAAACACCCAAAUCUUGUCAAUCUUUUGGAAGUCUUCAGGCGGAAACGGAAGUUACACUUAGUCUUCGAAUACUGCGAGUACACACUGUUGAACGAGAUGGAAAGAUAUCCAAACGGCUGUCCGGAAAUCACCACGAAGCAACUCACGUGGCAGAUUCUACAGGGUGUCGCGUAUUGUCAUCGGCUAGGCUGCGUGCACAGGGACGUGAAGCCUGAAAAUAUUUUAAUAACGGGCGACGGGGUGGUGAAACUCUGCGAUUUUGGUUUCGCGCGAAUGCUCAGCCCUGGCGAGAACUACACGGAGUACGUCGCAACGAGGUGGUACAGGGCGCCCGAAUUACUGGUCGGGGAUACCCAAUAUGGUACACCAGUCGACGUAUGGGCAAUCGGUUGUGUUUUCGCGGAAUUGAUACGCGGGGAGGCACUGUGGCCAGGAAAAUCGGACGUAGAUCAAUUAUACUUAAUCCGAAGGACUAUCGGCGACUUAUUGCCAAGGCACUUGGCAAUAUUCCAACAAAACGAAUUUUUUGCUGGUAUUACCUUGCCAGCGCCUCAAACUCUUACCCCUCUCGAAGACACUCUACCCAACAGAGGCAAUACCGCUCUACAGCUCGACUUUCUUAAAAAGUGUUUGGACAAAGAUCCGGAUCAAAGAUGGUCGUGUGAACAACUCCUACAACACUCCUAUUUCGAAAAUUUUCACUUUAAAAUGCCCGAGGCUGAAAUGGAAGAGUUCGAGAAGCUUAAGAAAUACCGGGAUCGUUCAAGAAAUAGUAACUACAAUCAAAUGGUAUUACCUCAACUUCCUAAGGCCGGUGCUUCAGUACAUAGUCAAAAUGAAAACCGGCCUAAAAGCUCCUCCAUGCAUCAUCAGCAGGACUUUGAUCACCUGCCUACUAUUAAAGGUUGUAAUUAAGCUCCUCUGUGAUUGUAAUAUACUUAUUUAUGUAUAUAUAUACACGUAUAUAUGUAUAUUUAUUUAUUUAUUUAAAAGUUUAUAAAUAUUCAUUAUAAAUUAAUAAUUAUUAAUACUUUUUAUUUGUACUCGCACGUUUGUCUUUGAGCUCGUAUAGAGAUUUUGUUCUAUUAGCAUGAUUUCUAUGUAUACAUAUUUACUGUAUGUACAUUGUAUGUACGUCUUAAAAUAAAGUUUUGUACAAAACGAUCACUUUAUACCAUUAUAUCCACAAAAAAGUAUAACAAAAAUAUCUUAAUAAUUUAUUAUUGAGAAAUUAAGCAAAUUUUCUUGAGAAUCCAUAAUAGACUGAAAGCUAUUUUUUCAUAAACUGUUGAAGUUUCUAGAUUUAUUAAUGUUCUCACCUCAAUGAUGAUAUGUUAUACUUUUUCUCAAAAACUUAGUUACAAUAUACUGUUUUCAAUGACAAAUACAUUGUAAAUCCACGCAGCAUGAAAUGACACAAAAUUUAUCAGCCAGUUACUAUAUAACGGUAAAUGAAACAUCUUUAUAGGCAAUACUCAAUACAUUUUGUAAACAUUGUAGAAUUUAGGAAAUUUCCAGAGAAUUGAUAGUGCUUGGCUGAUAAAUAAAGCUGAGGAUAAGCAUGAAAUCAAUAUUAUGAAUCAGGUACACCUUUACUUGUAAUACAAAUUCUUGAACUUCAGAAUUUUGCAACUUAGGACAUUUUGUAACACAUUUCAUGAAUUUAGAAUUCAGUGAAUUUAUUUUGCUUAAAGAAAACUUUAAGCUCUGUUUAAC